CAGACGCUACGAAUAGAGUAAACGAGUCGCGACUUUUCAAAGUCUAUGCAUUGCAAUUUUAAUAGUGGUUUGAAUAAAACAGCGUUCAUUGAUGCCCUGAAUAAUGUUUUGUAUUCUUAACGCUUGUCUGAAUAAUGCAUCGUGUUUGAAAUGUUGUCUGAAUAAUACACUCAAUAAAUUUCUCUGUGAUUAGUACAACGUAUUUCUAAAUGUUUACAUUUUGAAUAAUCCAAGAUACACAGCGUGAGGAAGAUAGAAUUUAAAUUCUCUGGUUUGCGACAGCUACAUCUUCUGGCAGGUCAACACCAACAAAAUUCAGGCAAAAAUGUCUUUGAUUUUCUUCAUAAACGGGAAUAAGGUGGAAGAGCACAGUCCGGAUCCAGAAUGGAAUUUGUUGUGGUAUCUGCGCACCAAACGACGACUCGUGGGGAGCAAGCUGGGGUGCGGGGAGGGGGGAUGUGGGGCCUGCACUGUCAUGAUCUCCAGGCUGGAGGGGGACCAAGUCAGGCACCUCUCUGUCAACGCCUGUCUGACGCCCGUGGUGACACUACAUGGCGCCGCUGUUACGACCGUUGAGGCGCUGGGAGGCGCCACGUCAAGGCUACACCCCGUGCAGGAGAGGCUGGCUAAGGCGCACGGCUCUCAGUGCGGCUUCUGCACGCCGGGGUUUGUGAUGUCGGCGUACGCGCUGCUGCGCUCCCAGCCUACGCCGCCCUCCCUCGCCCAGCUCGAGGAAGCCCUUGUUGGUGGGUGCCUGGUGGUGGUGGUGAUGGUGAUGAUGAUGAUGGUGGUGACGGUGAUGAUGCUGGAGGCUGGCUACGUCAACUCGUCUCUGGAGUUCCGAGGGCCACGGGUGAGCUUCUGGCAGGUGUGCAGCCUGGGGGAGCUGCUCGCCCUCAAGCACCAGCACCCUGACCUCAAGAUCAUUGGGGGCAACACUGAAGUAGGAGUGGAGGUGCGCAUGAAGCACCAGCUGUACAAAGCGCUGGUGCGCGUGUCUGGAGUGCCCCAGAUGGAGCAGGUAGAGGUUCGUGAUGUGGGAGUGCGUAUUGGAGCAGCUGUCACGCUAACGCAGAUGGAGCGAAAGCUGGUGGAGAUCGUCAGCUCCAUGCCAGCGUACAAGACUGGCGUACUGGCGGCCAUCUUGGAAAUGCUCAAGUGGUUCGCCGGCAAGCAGAUCAGGAACGUGGCCAGUCUCGGGGGCAACAUCAUGACGAGCUCUCCCAUCAGUGACCUCAACCCCCUCCUGCUGGCGUCCCGCUCCGUGCUGCAUCUCGACAGCCUGACAGGUGGUGCGCGCGAUCGGGUGAUGGACGCGACGUUCUUUACGGGCUAUCGCACGUGUGAUGUCUCCAGCACCGAGGUUUUGGUGGCCGUCACCAUCCCCUUCACCACACAGGAAGAAUAUUUCCGCGGCUACAAGCAAUCACGCCGUCGCGAUGAUGACAUCGCCAUCGUGAACGCGGCGCUGCUGGUGCGCAUGCGCGGCGACCACGUGGCAACCGCAAACAUAGCCUUUGGAGGCGUCGCUGCGACCACGCUGCAGGCGACACGCACCAUGGAGGCGAUGGAGGGCCGUAGGUGGGAUGAGCAGCUGCUGCAGGAGGUGACGUCAUCCCUGCUGCAGGAGGUGCAGAUAGCGCCCAGUGCCCCUGGGGGCAUGACGGCUUAUAGAGCUGCACUUGUGCCCAGUUUCUUCUUCAAGUUCUACCUGCACGUACGCCACGAGCUGAGCAAGACCAUGCCGAGUGUGGCACCCCUGGCACCGCACCAUCAGGAGCUGCUGGGGUCCAACAAGCGGCCUCCUCACAGGGCAACUCAUCUCUACGAGCAGGUCGGCUGCAUAACUGUGCUCAGAAAUUUUGUAGGCUAUUAUGACUGCAAAGAUAGGGGCUUUCCCAUCACUUGCCUCAUAAGUUUCAAUACGGAUCAACCUGCUGCCCUGCAGCAGGUAACUGGGGAGGCGACCUACGUGGACGACCUACCGCCUUACGUCAACGAGCUUUUCGGUGCCUUCGUCCUGUCCACCGAGGCUCGAGCCGACAUCGUUUCAGUCGACGCCUCUGCGGCACUUGCGGUGGCCGGCGUCCACGCCUUCGUGUCCGCCAAAGACGUACCGGGCGAACGCAACGUGUGCGGCGAGAUCGUGAAAGAUGAAGAGGUCUUCGCUAGCAAGUCUGUCAAGUUCAUCGGGCAACCCAUCGGUCUGGUGGUGGCAGAGGACGAGCUCACUGCCAGACGAGCCGCCAGACUCGUUACUGUCCAGUACAGAGUGACAGAGCCGCCUGUCAUCACGCUGCAGGAAGCAAUCGCUGCCAAGACGUGGCUACCGCCAUUCAGCAUCACGUGUGGCAACGUCGACGCGGCCCAUGCCACCGCAGACCACACACUCACUGGGGAGAUCCACUUAGGGGGCCAGGAGCACUUCUACCUCGAGUCCAACGCUCACCUCGCUGUGCCGGAGGAGUGUGGAGCCAUGCGAGUGUUCAGUUCGACGCAGUGCCCAGGCGCAUCUCAGGCGCGGGUGGCGCGUGCGCUGGGGGUACCGGCCAACAAAGUGGUGGUCGUGACCAAGCGACUUGGCGGAGGUUUUGGCGGCAAGGAGUCGCGCUCUGUCGUGGCGUCAGUGCCCGUCGCAGUCGCCGCAAGCGUGACGAAGCACCCCGUUCGUGUGGUGCUGGAGCGUGCGGAAGAUAUGCUGCUGACGGGGGCUCGUCACCCCUUCCUUGGGAGGUGGCAGGCGAGCUUCACUUCGUCUGGGGUGCUGGUGGCUGUUGAAACGGACCUCUUCUCAAACGCCGGCUGCUCCGUGGACCUCUCCCGCGCAGUCAUGGAGCGCGCGUUGCUGUCGUCUGACAACGCUUACUGCUGUCCCAACACGCGGGUCACCGGGUACGUGUGCCUCACAAACCUGCCUUCGAACACCGCCUUCAGGGGCUUCGGCGCCCCCCAGGCCAUGCUGGUCAGGGAGGAUAUCAUGGUUGCCGUGGCCGCCUACCUGUGCUUGCCGGAGGAACUGGUACGGGAGCGCAACCUGUACAAAGAUGGCGACCGCACGCACUUCCGCCAGCUGAUUGAGAACUGCACUGUGGCGCGUUGCUGGCGCGACGUGCAGCUGCAGGCACAGUACGCGCGCAGGAGGGAGGAAGCGCAGCAGUACGCGCGCAGGAGGAGGAGGCGCAGCAGUUCAACAGGUACACGUGCAGCUGCAGGCGCAGUACGCGCGCAGGAGGGAGGAAGCGCAGCAGUUCAACAGGUACACGUGCAGCUGCAGGCGCAGUACGCGCGCAGGAGGGAGGAGGCGCAGCAGUUCAACAGAACCCACGUUCACAAGAAGCGAGGCCUCGCCGUUGUGCCCGUCAAGUACGGAAUCGCUUUCAUUCCCUUGGCCCUCAACCAGGCUGGGGCUCUCGUGAUGGUUUACAAGGACGGCUCAGUUCUACUCACCCACGGGGGUACAGAGAUGGGCCAAGGGCUGCACACCAAAAUGAUUCAAGUGGCAUCGCGAGCGCUUCGCAUCCCGGCCGCCAAGAUUCACAUCGCGGACACCGCCACCGAUAAGGUCCCCAACGCCUCUCCCACCGCCGCCUCAGCCUCUUCUGACCUCAACGGGGAGGCCGUCUUGCGAGCGUGCACUGAGCUGUGGAACCGUUUGGCCCCGUACCGCCAGAAGAACCCAGACGCCGGCUGGGACAGCUGGAUCAUGGCUGCUUACCUCGACCGCGUCCAGCUGUCCGCUACUGGUUUCUAUGCCACUCCUGGGGUGAGUGGCUUCAACUUCGACACGCAGGAAGGGACGCCGUUCAGCUACUUCAGCUUCGGUGCCGCAGUCUCUGAAGUGGAAAUCGACUGCCUCACAGGAGACCACACGGUGCUGCGAACUGACAUCGUGAUGGAUGUGGGGAAGUCGCUUAAUCCUGCGGUGGAUAUCGGUCAGAUCGAAGGGGCCCUCGUGCAAGGACAGGGCCUCUUUACCCUUGAGGAACUGCGAUUCUCACCCAGAGGGGCCCUCCUCACUACUGGGCCAGGGGCCUAUAAACUUCCUGGCGUACAAGACAUCCCGUGCGAGAUGAACGUGACACUGCUAAGGGAAGCUGGAAACCCCAAAGCUGUGUACUCCUCCAAGGCCAUCGGCGAGCCACCGCUGUUCCUUGCGUCUUCGAUUUUCUUUGCCAUCAAAGACGCCGUGGCCGCAGCACGUGAAGACGAACGCUUCCAGCACUACGGUGACGAAGAGGCGGCAAUUGUAACAGCAGGCGAGCCUCGACAGACGAAAACUGUGGGGUCCUCAGCUCGCCUCUUCCGCCUGGACUCUCCGGCUACGGCUGAGCGCAUCCGCAUGGCUUGCAACGACCGCAUCACCAGCCUCAUCCCUGCGCCGGUGCCUGGGACCUUCACUCCAUGGGAUGUGACAGUCUGAGGCAAACUGCUCGGUCUGUCACACUGAUCUGGAUGAAUAACGCAGCCUGCCCAGCAUAUAGUUAUGCUCCGAAGGAUCAGGAAAUUUCUUGGUUGUUGAUGCUAGCCAAGGCUUGGUGCUCUUGUUUUAUCGUAAAAGUGUAAACACAGAAUUGAGUUUGUGAUUGAUAAGUAACCUAUCGCUUUGCUUCCUUACGUAGUUCAGUGACAACCUGAUGUUUAGCUUGGUAUAGUAAUUAAAUUGCAUCGCUAAUUAACAUAGUAUUCUUUCCCGGAGGUCUGGGUUUCUAUUAAUUAUCCAAAUAACCAAUAUCGCAGGAAUAAAUGAUGAGACGGGCACUUCCUCAGUAGUAAUUAUUAAUAGGUAGGAUUACAGGAUAAGAUCAUACGAUGAGGUUUUAUACUAGUAGUUAAGAAGGCGGAGUUUACGACACUGCGAGUUGGUAGCGAGUGCCGGAGUCGAUAGGAUAGACGCAGUGCACGCG